AUGUCAUUAGAAGGAGGAAUACAUGUUGGAGCCAAAACUGAUUACGAAUUCUAUACAGUUGAAGUUGGUGAUACAACAUUUCGCAUUUUACGUCGUUAUAUAAAUCUUCGUCCUAUUGGAAGUGGCGCACAAGGUUUUGUUUGUGCUGCAUUCGAUUUAUUAACACAAACAAAUGUUGCUAUAAAAAAGUUAUCGAGACCAUUUCAAAAUGUAACACAUGCAAAACGCGCUUUUAGAGAAUUUUCAAUUCUUAAACUAGUUAAUCACAAAAAUAUUAUUUCAUUAUUAAACGCAUUUACUCCAUCAACAAGACUUGAUGAAUUUAAUGAUGUUUAUAUUAUAAUGGAAUUAAUGGAUGCCAAUCUUUGUCAAGUUAUACAAAUGGAUUUAGAUCACGAAAGAAUAUCGUAUUUACUUUAUCAAAUUUUAUGUGGAAUAAAACAUCUUCAUACCGCGGGAAUUAUUCACAGAGAUUUGAAACCUUCGAAUAUUGUUGUCAAAUCUGAUUGUACAUUAAAAAUUCUCGAUUUUGGUUUGGCAAGAACAGCUGGAACAUCAUUUAUGAUGACUCCAUAUGUUGUUACAAGAUAUUAUCGGGCACCUGAAGUUAUUCUCGGAAUGGGUUACAAAGAAAAUGUUGAUAUUUGGUCUGUUGGAUGUAUUUUUGGUGAAAUGAUACGUGGUCAAGUCAUUUUUCCUGGAUCAGAUCACAUCGAUCAAUGGAAUAAAAUUAUUGAACAAUUGGGAACACCACCAAGAGAAUUUCUGUCUCGUUUACAACCAACUGUUCGAAAUUAUGUCGAAAAUCGACCUAAAUACACUGGUUAUCCACUCGAACGAUUAUUUCCAGAUCAAUUAUUUCCACCUGAUUCUGAACAAAGCAAAUUAACAGCAUCAUUAGCUCGUGAUCUUCUUGGUCGAAUGUUAAUCAUUGAUCCUGAUCGUCGAAUGUCUGUUGAUGAAGCAUUAAAUCAUCCAUAUAUCAAUGUUUGGUUUGAAGAUUCUGAAGUCAAUGCUCCUGCACCUGGACAAUACAAUCAUAUGGUUGAUGAAAGAGAAUUUACAGUUGAUCAAUGGAAAGAAUUGAUCUUUCAUGAAGUUAUUCAAUACGAAGGAGAACAAAUUCAAAAGUAUACGAAUGGAAAUAAUACACAACAAUCGAAUAAUCAGACGACUGAUCAACCUAUGGAAUAA